AUCCUGACAUUUGCAUAGACAAUAAGAUGAAGUUUUUACUUCUGCUGGUGAUGCUGACAGCAUGUGCUGCUACACCUCAAGAUCUUUCAGGUAAAAUGUUCACCUUCCCACAACAGACCAGCACCGCUCACGUGAAGCUGAGUACAACAAGAGAGGAUUUCAGUGCUGUGACUGUCUGUCUCAGGAGUUUUACAGACCUCAGCAGAAAUCACGUCCUGUUCUCUCUGGCCACACCAUCUGCUGCAAAUGACUUAAUGAUUUUCAAGUGGGCUCCAGCCAAUCAGAUUGAAAUAGCUGCCAGAAAUGUUGGUGCAGUAUUUGAUGGUCAGGAAUACACACUGAACGCAUGGCUGUCUGUCUGUGCCACCUGGGACUCUGCGUCUGGACUGGAACAGUUGUGGCUGAAUGGAAAGCCCAGUUCCAGGAAAUUCACCAGCGCUGGAUCAAACAUCAGAGGACGCGCCAUCAUUACCUUAGGACAGGAGCAGGAUUCUUAUGGUGGAGGAUUCGAUGCCAAACAGUCUUUUGUUGGCAUGAUCUCUGAUGUCCACAUGUGGGACUACGUCCUCUCACCCUAUGAGAUCCACUGCUACAUGGACAACAUCAACUUCACACCGGGGAAUGUGCUCAACUGGAGGGCGCUUGACUUCCAGAUUACAGGCAGAGUGCUGCUGGAAGAAAAACAAAAUAUCUUUCACUAAAUAUUACAGUUUUUCCAUGGUUUU